GGCGCGUUUGGAGAGGUGGUCCAUGCGCGCGCGAUGCUUGCGGGUUCCCUUGGCCGGGCUGGGCUGUUGUCCCAGAAAUCCAAGCCAGAUACAUGGCUGAAAACUCCUUAAAGGAUGCAAGUGCUUUCCCGCCUGUUCUUCACUCUCGUUGUGUUGUGUGCCAGCGGCAUCCUUUACUUCCUGCUGUGCCCACGCCUUUGUAGUUCCCUCUGUUGGCUCAGCUGCCAGCCUAAAGAAAGAAAGGAGGACAGGUUGGCACAGCGUUUUAAAACUGCCCACUUCGAGGGCUACAUCAGCGUUCCAGAUGGAAAGCCCCUGGCUCAAGUGCCCUGCCGCCAAUGUGCCGUGGUGUCCAGUUCCGGGCAGAUGCUGGGCUCCCGUUCGGGGAAAGAGAUCGACGCCAAGGAAUGCGUCCUGCGCAUGAACCAGGCCCCCACCCGGGGCUAUGAGGAAGACGUGGGCAGCCGCAGCACCGUCCGGGUGGUCUCCCACACCAGCAUCCCUUUGCUGCUACGCAACCAGAGCUCCUUCUUCAAGCCAUCCUGCGACACCACCUACAUCAUUUGGGGUCCUCCCCGGCUGAUGAACCGGGAGAAGGUCGGGCUGGUCUAUCGGACCCUGGCGAAGAUCAAGGAGAUGUAUCCGGCUUUGCGCCUCUACACCCUCACCGAGCAAAUGAUGUCCCACUGCGAUGAGCUCUUCCAACUGGAGACGGGGAAAAACAGGAUGAAAUCCGGUUCCUUUCUCAGUACUGGCUGGUUCACCAUGGUUUUGGCGAUGGAGUUGUGUGAGCAGAUUUUUGUCUUCGGUAUGGUCAGCGAGAACCAUUGCAAAGAGAGGAACCAACCUCCGGUGCCUUACCACUAUUUUGAGAAGGGGCGACUGGACGAAUGCCGGAUGUACCAGGUCCACGAACGAGCUGCCCGCGGUGGGCACCGUUUCAUCACCGAGAAAGCCAUUUUUUCUCGCUGGGCAAAGAAAAGGAACAUUAUCUUCACUCAUCCAUCGUGGUCUGAUGGGUAGAAGGGGCUUUUUGCAGCCUGGCUGAGCGGAAACUUUUGCCACAGGGCGAAGCUGCGGAAAUUACAGUGUUAACAGAAAGUUGGAACUUUUGCACCGAGAGCGACGUUUCCCCGUGAACAAAAUAUCACCGCAUCUUCUUCUCUUAGCUCCCUAUUUUUUAACGUUCUGUCAAGAGACCGCAAAUUGUUUUGUUUUUAAUUUUCCUCUGUGCAGCUAGUUUUUUGUGGGGUG